CGGAGCAAGUUGGAGGUGGUGGCCGGGUUGCGCGGGGAGGGGAGGGGCCGGGCGCCCCGGUGCGGUCUCCCGACUCGGCCGCCGCCGCCGCUGCUUCCCGUACCCCCUCCUCAUUCUUCCUCUCCCAUCUACAUUCAUCCAUCUCCUCCGCGUUCAGCCGUGUCUCCCCAGACGGGAGGCUGCCCCGGAUUCCGAGAUGGCAGUUGCAGGUACUGUAGGAUGAGGGAACGGCCAGCAGCCUUUCAGUUCCCGGCCGGACUGGACUGCGCGCCUCUCGUUGCUGCUUGGCUCGGGGGGGGGGGCAAGUGCCCCACGCCGCGUUAACAGCCGUCAGGCGGGGGGCCAACCUGCAGCCCGGUGCAACUUCACCACCUGCAUAAGUCGCCGCCAACCACCACCACCACCACCAUCAUCAUCAUCAUCUUCUUCUUCUUCCCGGGAGAUUGCGAACCAGCAGCGCAGAGUUCAGUCCAAAGCCACACCGAACCGCACCAACUGCAUGCAGAUGAGAAAUUGAACAAAGAGUACAAAAGAUCGUCAUCUUGCGUUGACCUGCCUCUCACCAAAGGUAAAGAGCUUCACAAUGAAUUCUUUUGAAACAGAAGUAAAGACAGAAAGAAGGGAUGAUGAGAACGAAGUGGAUGCUAUGCUCUGGCAAGACGGAUCCAAAGACCACGAGAGCAAUAAUAACACUAGCAAUAAUGCACUUGAGGUCGCGGAAAUCUGUGUUGUGAUUGGAGAGGAUGGGGUUCAGCGACAUUGCACACAGGAUGAAGCCAACAAUCAAAGCAAUGUCUCUGCAGAUAAUGAGAUUCCUCCUGGCAACUCUAACCAAGUAAAUGUAAAAGAGGAAAAUAUGGAGUGGAAAACACAGCAACAGACUUCACCAAGGGCCUAUAUAUGUGGUGCCUGUGGGAAGAAGUACAAGUAUUACAGCUGCUUCCGAGCACAUGUGAGAGCACACCUAGAAAAUGAAACUACGUCUGUAUCUGGUGAGAGCUCCUCACCGGCCUUAUCAAAGAAUUUUAGGUACAUGUGCGAUAUCUGUGGCAAGAAAUACAAAUAUUAUAGCUGUUUCCAAGAACACCGGGAUUUGCACGCAGUAGAUGAUCCUUAUGAUAAUGCAGUUGAAACGCCAUCAGAAGUGAAAACUGAGCAGCCAGAAGAGGCUGUCCGCUAUUCAGGAUCAAAAACCGGUAGUUACUCUUGUGAAUACUGUGGCAAACGGUACAAGUAUUACACUCCUUACCAGGAACAUGUGGCUUUGCAUGUAUCAUCCGACGCAGAGAGUCUUGUCAUCAAAAGAAACGAAGCUAAAAUACUGAAUACACCUGAAGAAAGCAACAGCAACUCCCAGAAUUCCAUUGGAAGUGCCAGUGGACAGAAGUCUGGUUCUGCACCUGUGAAAAAUGGCUACAAUUGUCAGAUCUGCGGGAAUGAAUACAAACACUGUGUCUGUUUAAGACAGCAAGCACGCAAUAGCAAAGAAAGAGAGCAAUAUACUUGUGGGGCAUGUGGGAUUCAGUUCCAGUUUUACAACAAUCUAAUAGAGCACAUGCAUUCCCACACAGGUAAGUGCCAUUUUUCUCCUGACAAUCUCGGCUGGGUUUUAAAUUGUUUUGUUUUUUUACCACAGAUGAUGAGUUCCUUUGGGUGUAUAUCGGGGGAAUAUUUUCAUUUGAGUCGCUUUUUUGUGGCUAUAUUUCCCCCUCCCUCUGUAGCUGCUGCUCCUGCCACUCCUGCCUCACCCACUCCAGAGAAGAAAAAUUCACAUCUUCAGAGGAACUGUACAAACGACGUGAACAGUUCAGUCCCUGAAAAAGAACGACAGCACAUUGCUGAAAAGUUGCUGCGAGUGAUGUGUGCUGAUCUGAAAGCACUGACUGUGAUGAACGGGAAAGACUUCAUCAAACUUGCACAGAUACUUGUGGACAUCGGUGCACGUUACGGUUCCUUUCCUGUAAGUGAGGUCCUUGGGGAUAUGCACACUCUCGCUCUGAAGCAUCUGCCCAGAAUGUACAACCAGGUGAAGGUAAAAGUCACGUGCGCACUAGGCAGCAACGCGUGUUGGGGAAUAGGCGUCACCUGUCACUGCCAUAACGUUGGCUCUGACGCGUACUACGUUCUAACAGCACAUCAGGUGGAAGGACUGCAAAUGAAAAGAUAUGUCCUGGGCAUUAAAGAAGUGGACGGCAAAGAGACCGGUGAGCAGGUUCACCAGUGGGUGCUGAAUGUUCUUUCUGAGUUUGUCAUGUCAGAGAUGCGAACGAUUUAUGUCACAGAUAGUAAAGUCAGCUCCGCGGCGCUGCUGAAAGCUGGAAUGUGUCUACGCUGCUCGGCUUGUGCAUUGAACUCGACAGUGAAGAGCGUGCUUAAUGAGAGGACACUGCAAGCACAAAAUAUGCCAGAAGUCUCGGAACUUGUGAGUAAUUGCAUGCAGUUGAUGAGCUCCCUGGAACAGUCUAACCUCACCCAAGAGUUGUUCAACCUUCAAGAGCAACGGGCCCCACCUUGCUGGAAUUCUGUUGCAGACUCUCUCCUCCUUGUCCACGAGAAGUACGAUCAGAUCCGAGAAUUGAUUAGCGGGAGGAAGGAACUAAAACGCUUGCAAAAUUGCAACAAAGGUUUGUUGAGCAACCUUACAGCCAUUUUGGCUCCAGUGAAGGAAGCUGUGAUUGAACUGAGCUGUGAGAACAAACCAACGUUACAGCUUGUACUACCAACGUACGUCAAAUUAGAAAAACUCUUCACUUCCAAAGCCAACGAUGCCGGCAGCGUAAGUAAACUCUGCCACCUUUUCCUCGAGGCAUUAAAGGAAAACUUCAAGGUGGAGGCUGCUCACAAGGUAGCCAUGGUUCUGGACCCGCACCUGAAGCAUUUGAGGUCCGUGCCUCACUACCAACAAGAGGAAGUCAUCAACAGAGUUUGCGAAAUGAUUUCGGAUGUUGGCCAGUCCUGUGUAGAGGAGAUCGACUUUGAGCCCACACGAAAGAAACUCUGUGGGAUUAGUGAAAACUCUAAAAUGUCACCAAGCAAGCAUGCAGUGCAGGACGAAAGGCUCGGGAAAAGUGAAGUGUUUGAGUAUUUAAAAGAACCUGUGCCCAGUGUAACCUCAGAUUUAUUCCUUUACUGGUCAGGGGCCACUCAGAAGCAUCCGUUGCUGGCCAAACUGGCCUUUUGGCUACUGGCUGUGCCAGCUGUUGGUGCAAGGAGUGACUGUGUGAUCACUUUCAAUGAGACAUGUUCAGGAAGGCAAAACAGCCAACUGACCCAAGAGGUGAUGAACAAACUAAUGUUUUUGAGAUCAAACUUGCAAUAGCUGUUCUCUGUCAGCCUGACACAUUGGUGCUUUAAAGCAGAACUUAACCAUGUUGGUGAAGUCGAUUGUUUUACUACAUUUGCUUUUUCUUAAAACGUGAUCACUUUGUUUCUUAUUGCUGUGGUUAGAAUAUUCUAUACUCCUUUGUUAAGGCAUUGUGAGCUCCCUCGACCAAUUUCUGGGUACACAAGGACAAGAAAGCUGGGAUUCGCAAGUCCUCAAUUAACUCAAGUGACCUCCUUGCAGAGGUAUCUCGUAAGGUCCAAAUAUGGGUUACUAACUGAUGUCAAGGGCCACAUUGCCAAUGUUGUUCUGUUAUAUAAAUAUAUUUUGACUUCAGCUGGCAGGCUGUGAAUAGAAGCCCAUGAAUGUGAGUAGGACCAGCUAAGAGCUAGAGGUGAGAAGGAGAGAGAUGUUCAGCCACGAGCUGAAGGCCCAAAUGCCAAUGGGCAGUACGGUGGACAUGGAAGGAGAGGACUUCAACACUGUUCAUUCAAUUUGGGUAACUGAAACACUCUGAUCAGUGUCAUAGCUCGAGCAUGCAUCAGCCUGUGGGAAAUAGGAUUUCCUCAUCGGUAUGUCAGACCAGUCGUUCCAAUUUCUGUGCUUCACCCACAACCAUUCGAGACAUCUGCCAAGGUUACCACUGUAACCAUGGCAAAUGUCUCAAGUGGUUGUGGGUGAAGCACAGAAAUCCCAAACCCAACUGUGGCUCGAGCAUCUUCACACCUACCACCGCUCCCUGUCGCAAGCAAAAACUGCGCACUACUCAAACGUCAUACUGGAGGCCAACAAUAACUUCAAGAUCCUAUUCUCCACCACCCACCACCUCCUCCGUGCGCCCCUUCAAUCAUCACAUCUUAACGUCAAGUGCGAAGAGGUCAUGGACUUCCUUACCUCUAAAAUUGAUAACAUCCAUCUGGCAGCUUCAACCCUCUGCCCCGUGUCACCUACCACCACCCCCAUUCCGUCUCCCUCACCCACCCUGCCCUAACACGGCCCCCAUCCUACGUUCAUUUGCCCCCAUCUCUCCUUCCUCCCUCUCAUCCACCAUCACCAUAGUG